CCAAGUAAGUGAAUCAUCGUCUUUUUUUGAAAGUAUAAACUACCACACAUGCAGAUAACUUCAGUUACCAUACAUGCUAUUCAGACUUCGAACACACAUAAUAAAACACCUGCUUAGACUAACAAUAAUAACUUUUCAUAUCACAUUAAUGUGAAUUCGUUUUAGAGAUGUGACGUUUUACACAAAAAGUUACUGAUGCAAAAAAAGCACACCUAACCUUUCGAUAUGCUACACCACCGCACCACAAACGUAAACGACUAUUAAGGUCUAAUUUCGAUCAGUUAAAUUGAUCAAAAUUUUAAAUUUCCACUAAGAUUUGUUAUCAGAAAAGUCUAAAAAGGAAAUUAUUUUGACAUCUCAACAUGGAAGAGCUGAAGCUUCGGGCGGUGGAGUUGGAAAACAAAUUGACAGCAAUUGAGUACUCAGUAAUUCAUUUCCAACUGGGAAAUUCGAACACUGCGAACCAGAAUCAAAGUCAAGUCGAACAACGCGAUCUACAGGUCAUUGCCAAAUUCAAGUCCCUUCAAAGCCAUGUCAUGUCUCUACGUGUGCAGUACACCAAUUUCACCCGCACAUCAACUUCAUUGCAGCACUUUCAAAGUGCGGAUAGUAAGUGGAAUGAUGUGAUUGGUGGGAUGCGGACGAAGGCGGAGCAGAGGUGGAAUCGACUGAUGGAUCUGGUGGUGUCUUUGGAGGACUCUCUUUGGGACAGAAUUGCAUAUUACGGAAAGAAAGAAGGGUCCAGCGUCAAGCGUCUCUCAUUUCUGGUUCACUUCUGGCGAAAAGAGGACGAGGCAUCUAAUCAACUCGAUAUUUCUUCCAUCUCACAUUGUUCGACUUCUAAAAAUAGCAACCAAAUGGGGGUGCGACUGGAUUUCGCAAAAGAGUUCGAACUGGCUUUGGAACAGGAGAAAGAAAAAGAGGAGAAAAUCAAACAAGCUGACAGGGAACAAUCAGAAUUGAUUAAGAUCAAAGAAACAAGGAUCUACACAUCCCAAAUUGUGCCAAACCUUCCCAACCCCACAACACAGUCAAAACCAAUAGACCAAAACAAUAGCUACCCUGCCUCCAAUACCACUGCCAAUUCCCACCAAUGGAACAAUAGUCAUUUUGAACAUGAUAGAAACGUCAGUCAACGUUCAAAUUACAAAGAAAAGGGAGGAGAAAUUGACCUUUUGACCCCUCCAAAGAUUGACAAAUGUCUACAAGUGAACUUCACAGUGCCUGCACAUUCUGCAUACCUGUCCCAAUCAGGAUGUGUUAAUAUUACUUGCAGUCAUUGCAAAUGUGUGACCGAGUUACCCGAAGAGUUUAUUGUAAAUUUAGAGCACGCCAGAAAUGCAACUAAGAUUACGAAUCCGAAAGGUGAAAACCGACCAAACUUCACAACCGAAAGCAAGUUGAACGAAUCAAAUAUUUCAAGAGUUUCAACUGCCCAUCAAAAUCAAUUAAAAAACGCGACGUUUACAAAGCUCUAUGACUCAUAUUCGGUUUCGGGAGAAAACGUAGUCGAACAAUCAAAUUCUAAACUGCCAGUUAAAUACGAGAAAACUUUAGACGAAGUGAAAGAAAAAAGUCAAAACGAAUCAAUUCCAUCAAACAACACCUUAAAUGAUAGUACCAACACAACAAAGAGCCAAAAUUUAGACGUGUCUGAAGCCUCAAAUAGCCAGGAAAAACAGCGCACUAAGUUGUAUAAGGAUUACUUGAAGCAAAUUAAAGGUCGCGAGUACAAAAGCAUCCAUGAAAUCAUGAAAGAAAUUGAUUCGAAGGUCAAGGAAGAGCAACACAAUAUGUCAGUUUUGUCAACUAGACGCAACAAGUCAACAAAAACUGAGGACGCUCAAAAUCAAACUGCACCAAAACUGGACCUGAAUAAAAAUCAAACCCAGGCUAUUGAUUCUGAAGUACAGAAAGCAGAGAACCUAAAAUCUGGAAUGGAUCGCGGUGCCGGAAAUUUUAAUGAACAAAAUGAAAAUUUUGGCGAAAAUAAGACUAUUUCACAUAGCAACUCAUUGCAAAAACAAUCUCUUGUGUUCACCCAUAGUCAUGUAUUGAACAAUUUUCCAAUUCCAAAAACUGUGCCGAGCAUGGAAAAUUGCGAGAACAAAGAAAACUCGGCACAAAAAACGUCCAACACAGAAAACCAGACGCAAAAAUUGGAGCCAGAAAAGUGGAAUGCAUCUGAUUACGUCAAUGUUAACAAAGUUAAGAAUUCGUCAGAUAUCAUCUGUGCGCCAACUGUCAAUUCGGAGGUCAAUUUAACGCGGAAAAAAUUAGAUGAAGACUAUAUCUAUUCUAAUGACGUGACGGCACCGCCCAUUGAAGUAAAUAAAAGUCAAUUCCAUCAAAGUGAAACCCAAAUUCCAAGAAUUAAGCAAAACGGUCCUUAUGUAGAAAAUGCAGCGCACUUAGAAAUCGAUAAUCAGAAUCAGGAAAAUUGGAAUAAAAAAUAUCGGAAUCAUGAAAAACGAAAUCAGGAAAAUGGAACACAAGGAAACCAAAAUUUCAAUCCAGAUAAUCAGAAUCAAGGCUAUCAAAUUUAUGAAAAUUGUAAUCAGGAAAAUCGGAAUCAUGAAAAUCGGGAUCAGGAAAAUCAGAAUCAGGAAAAUCAGAAUCAGGAAAAUCGGAAACAAGAAAUUUCGGUUGAGGACUCUGAAACUACUCAACCAAUAGACUGCUUGAAUGAUGAAGAAGUCACAAGACUGACCAUCAACGGUUUCAUAACUUCCACGCCCAGAUUAGGAAACAACGACAAUCAAAAUGACGACACACUCGUGAAAACAAAUGACUGCAAUCCUCAAACUGCACAGAAUGGAAAUGUGUCAAUUUUGGAAUUGGAGAAGCUAGCCCCCCAAGAAGUGUACGUCUCCAGUUUUCGACUGAAGAUGCAGCAAACUAAUCGAAAACCACUGCCAGAAAACUCUCAACACAUAAAUGAAUCUAACGAUUGAGGCACAUAGCACGAAUUAGGACAGUUAAAAUACAAGUGUUACUAAACUCGGAUAAAAGUAAAAAGCUUACUAAUUUUCUGAAAGGUGCUCUGAACAAUAAUCUGCUUAGCCGGAAUAAGUGUCACAAACCUAGUCAGUAACACUUAGUAAUAAAGUUAAUACUCCUGCCAAAAUACUUGUUUCCUAAUAAAAUUAUAAUUAUAAUUUGAACUGCCAAAAUUUAGUGUUUUCAUCAAA